AAACACAUUAAAAUCAGAAAGAAAGUCGCAAUCUUUCAAAACACACACACAAAGGAAACACAAACAAUUCAAAUAGCCAAUAAAAUCAAAUCACACGGAUCGAUGACGUGGCAAAAUAUAAACGAAAUCCCGCGUAAACCCUAAACUUCAAUUUUUUCCCUUUUCAGUUUUUGUUAGCGUUUUCUCUCCUAUACCCUUCGCUUCCAACCCUUCUUAUCCCCUCUCCCUCGCUCCCGAAACCUCACAACAGCACGUUCCGAACUCGUUGCUCUCACUCGCUCCGAUUCCGCAACUCGCUUCGUUCCAUUUCUCGUUGAUCGUCAUGCCGAAAGCCAAAUCCGACUCCAAAGCCGUUGAUAGCAGGUUGAAACGCAAAGGCGCUGGAACUGGAAGGAAGCAGUCGAAGAAAGCUGCUAAGGAUCCAAACAAGCCUAAGAGGCCUCCCAGUGCUUUCUUCGUUUUCAUGGCUGAUUUCAGAGAACAGUAUAAGAAGGAUCAUCCUAACAACAAAUCUGUUGCUGCUGUUGGAAAAGCUUGUGGUGAGGAAUGGAAAUCUUUGUCUGAAGAGGAUAAGGCUCCUUAUGUUGCUAGGGCAUUGAAGAAGAAAGAAGAGUAUGAGAUAACUCUUCAGGCCUACAAUAAAAAACUGGAGGGUAAAGAUGAUGAAGAAGGUUCUGACAAGUCAAAAUCUGAAGUCAAUGAUGAGGAUGAAGAUGAGGAGGAUGAGGAGGAUGAUGAUGAUGAGUAGAGUUGCUGUUAUACAACAAAAUGAAGAAGGUUCUGACAAGCUUAGGAAAGAUGGGGAAACAUAUGUUAUGUUUAGAUUGGUUUAUGAUAUGUUGGGAAGUUUCACUAAUGCACUACUGUUAUUUUCAAGAUAGUUUAUGGAUUUUUAUUGUCUUUUCUAGAGGUUUAGAUAGUGAACAAUUCUAAUUAACUUUCAAUAUCAUUAUCCUGUACUUAAAGUCAAUGCUAUGAUACUUUCUCAAUUCUGGGUCU